UUCCGAGACUGCGUAGGUGAAAAUCUUUUGAAUUUGAUAUAUACGAUUUAUUUCAUGGCGGUAUCCUAUGUUUUUUUCCAGCUCUUAUGGUUUUUUCAUUCCCAAUUCCCACUCUCUCUUCACUUCUAAGUAGUGCUUCCCACUUCUGUUCUUUCUUCGUGUUGGAUAUACUUGAGAUUGCAUUCUGUUGUUUAAUUACUAAAAGUCAAUGUAAUCUAGUCCCUAUCUAUCUACUAAAUUUUUUUCCAUACCAAUUAUAUACAUAGGAGUUUAUCCUGUCAUCCUCUCUUCUUCUCUGCUAUUGUCUGCACCGAAGAGCAGAACAAAACACCAAGAUGAGCAGCUCUUCGAAUCGUGCUUCGAUUGUCGGACGGCCCUAUUUUUGGGGCAGGGAUCCGUACGACGGUAUGAUUUCCCUAGUGGCGUACGUACACGGCUCUCUCUUAAUCGUGUUCCACCUUCUCGGCGGACUCUACGCUCCCAGCGGAAACGGAGUUUUCCUGUAUUUUGGGCUCAAUGCCGGUUCAACCUCCUCCUCUUCAUCAUCAGGGGUACUUGCGAAUGGUAAACCGGCUUUAAGCGGGUACUCGAACUUGGAGAAUUAUGGCGGAAUUUUAACAGUCUUGUUAACUCAUACUUUGUUAGGCAUGUUGGGCGGAGCAUUAAUCUCGAUGAUUCGUCGCGUUGUGCACACAGAAGGUGGUGGAGUUGCUGGGGAUGACACUGCGAAGUGGAUGCAAAAGAAAGUCCUGGCUUUAGCUGGUGCGGUAACCUCUGGCGCGGUCACGACCUUAACAUCUGGGCAUGUCGUAUCAGCGGAGUCGAUAUUCCAUCACCACACUGAGGGGGGUCUGGCCUUUGUCGUCAGCUUUCUCUCUUACGCACUCUUCGUGAACCGACCGUGCGCAGUACAUUUGGCCACCUUGUACGUAAUCUUACUUUUCGUGUACCCGUUUCUUUUCGCAUUUUAUGGAAGGGCAACGGUUUUGACGACGUUUGCAUCGGGUCCGAUGGGGAUGAUUGUGUACCUCUUUGUGCUGAGCACGCUUGGAAAGAUUUAUCUAGACUGGGACAUCCUAGGGGUUGCAGCAGGCGCAAACAUCUUUGUUUUAUCCGGAUCGAUUUUCUUCGUGCAGUUAAGGCGAGUUUUUUUUGUGGUUUGGCUCUUAAUAUAAUAUGUUCUCACGACUGUCAAAACGACUUUCAACAAUUGCAUCAAGUAUGCAAAGCUUCUUGAAGUUGACCUUGACACUGAGUAGUUCUAAAUCCGAACUGAUAAUGAUGGUCAUGGAAGAUGUAAAAGCCUAGCUCUCGUCUCAGAGACUCUCUCUAACCUAUAGCUUGAUGAUGGUUUUGCAAACGGUGUACCUCUUUGCAAUUGGGCCAUUGAUGGCCAGCGGGGUUGCAUUCGACUCAGACGCGACUCCGGAAAGACCUGCGACAAAGAAAAUUGUUGAAGAGCUGGUAUUUUUAAAUGAGUAAAAGGAGAACUAGUCGGGAAAAUCUUAUUCGAGAACUCAAAACUAUAACCGCGUAGCUAACUGAAGUAACCGAGUGUCUGAGAAGAUUACUCUCUGGGACACUCGCUUAUUUCAGUUUUUUGAUCAGUCAUGUUGCCGAAUAGAUUCGAAUCAUCAAGAGGAGAACUAGUUUUAGUCAGUCCAGCUGUGUUAGUGUGUAGUUUUACCAUUCAGUCGGAAAAUUUUAGCCGUAGGCUUGUGAAGGCGAGCUGCUCUUUAAUACUAAAAUGAGCUUUUCUUUUCUUAUUUUUAUAAGACGAGUUCGGGAUAAGAAAGAAGAUCAAGAAGACCAUCAAUGAAAAGACAAAUUGCGUUGCCUUUGGAUACAAUUCCCAAACCCAAAAAAGCCAGAAUUUUCGAGCUUUUUUGGCUUUUUGGUGUCUUAGUCGAAAUCGUGCGAAAGGGCAAAAAAGAUGGCAAACCCAGCUUUUGCGCCGGUUUUUUCUGUUUUUUCGUCGGAUUGUGUCCCAAAAAAAAAAAAGCCCGCGAAAUGCUCUUCUUGAUCUUCUUACUUUUCCCGAACUCGUCAUACAAGAUCUUCUUCUACCCUAAUUCCCCCAAUGUCCUUCAAUCACACAGCGUUCUUCUCGAGCUGCAGGUGCCACAACCGCUGCGCCAUCACGCCCAUUGACGCCCGAAGAACUUGCGGCCAGACAGAAAGAGCAAGAAAGCAGGGAUGGUUAUAGUGGUAAAACCAUCGGAGGUCGCAGACUUUAAGAUUCAUCUUUUCUAUGGCUCAAGUCUAGUUUGAGGAGUUUAUGGCAAUGAAUUUAGUUUUUUCUGAUAAGGCGAAUAGGGGGAUCGUCAUUGUCAAAGUGCAAGUCGGGGAAAUGGUAGUGAUCGCGGGGGACACAUAACGUGCUCUUUCCAGGACGUCAAGAAAAGCUGA